GUACCUGCUACCGUCAUAUUACGCAAUAAAGACAAAACGUCAUUGUGUCAAAUUCCGGUCGAUCAGCUGUGCAAGUGUUGUUUACAUUCUGAUGAACCAACCCCGGUUUCUUUUUCCUUCCGAGCACACGACACAUUGCAUUAUGAUGAUCAUCGACCGGCGAACUCGGCUCGUUCAUUCUUUGUUAUGUUGACGUUGAGACACGAUCACAUGAUGUUCGCAUGUAGACCAUUCGUUGAUGUAGACGAUGCAGUGCAAUGAGUGCAUGAUAAGACCAGAGUAGAAUCCGAAAUCGUUUGCACGCAGGGAAGCCAAGUUGUUCAUGAUUCAUUGUUCGUCUGCCAUGUCAUCGAAUUAACAUUUUCUCUGCGAAGAUUACUACCGGCUAUCUGCCCAUUCAUAUCUGUAGAUUCAACAUAGAAUAGUCUGAAUAGCUAAUAGUUAGCCGCUAAACCGUGAGGAGAAUGGCAAGGCUUCUUGGUAUAUGUACCAUCACGCUGGUCGUGCUGGUGAUGAUAGCUGCCUGGGUCAGUGGCAUGAUCCUAUCAUACUUCACAGAUCCUGUACCAUACGAUGGACCACCCCACCCUCAAGGUGACAGACCCCCCUACCCAGGUGCUACAGCUGAUAAUCUCUGGUGGUUUAUACACAUCUCAGACAUCCACAUUUCCCGCUUCAGAGACCCACAAAGAGCUGUAGACUUCAAAACAUUUUGCAUGGAGAACAUUGAUGUCAUCAGGCCAGAAGUUGUAGUUGUCACAGGGGAUCUUACUGACGCCAAGACAUACGACAACAUUGGAUCAACGCAGUUUGAGAUCGAGUGGCAGACAUAUCAGAACACAAUCAAGCAUGCUCGUAUUCCUGAGAGAACUGUAUGGCUUGAUGUGAGAGGAAACCAUGAUGCAUUUGACAUUCCACACACUAGACAUGAUACAAAUUAUUAUAGGAAGUAUUCAGUUCUCGGAGAACAGGGAGAUACAACAUUCAUGUACCAACACAAGACCUCAUUUGGGACCUAUUCCUUCAUUUCUUUGUAUGCCCUACUUGAUCCAGGACCAAAGAGACCAUUCAACUUCUUUGGAGCUAUUCCUGAGGGUGAGAUGGAUCGAUUGGAGUCGUAUGUAUCACAGGUUGAAAAGCAGAGUUCAAACAACCACACCAUCUUCUUUGGUCAUUACCCAACGUCCACCAUCCUCACAUCUCAUAGGAGACUUACACAAAACUUGAGGAAGGGUAUAGCAUAUCUGUGUGGUCAUCUGCAUAGUCUUGGUGGGUUAGCCAGGCAUAUGGAAGCCACACAUAAAACAGGGUCACUGGAGCUAGAGGUUGAAGAUUGGAAGGUGAAUAGAAUGUACCGGAUAAUGGCAUUUGAUCAUGAUAUGCUGUCUUUUGUGGAUGUGAAGCUGAACGAGUGGCCAGCCAUUGUCAUUACCAACCCUAAGAGAGCUCGAUUUAUGGCACCGGAACAUGAACCAGUCCAUAAAAUGAUCCAUUCAACACACAUAAGGGUGCUAGUCUUCUCGCCAGACCCCAUUAAAGUAGUAACAAUCAGCAUUGAUGGACAUGUCAUUGGAGCUGCCAAACAUGUAGAAGGCCCUCUAUAUGUAGCACCAUGGAAACCUGGAAUGUACUCAAAAGGGUUACAUGAAAUAUCAGUCAUAGCUGAGGAUUUCAGUGGGCGAUCUAACGUCAACAAAGAGCACUUCUCGCUGGAUGACAGCAAGCCGGAACAGUGGUUCAUUGCAACAGUUGUUCUUCUUAUAGAUAUCACAAAAGCAUUUAUGCUGUGGAAUUUCCUUAUGUUGUGCCCAAUUAUACUUCUUCUUGUUAUGCUUCGUACACAAGUCAGAAAAACAGCAGCAGGUUUUUACCGUAGUGUUGUAGUAAGGGGCUUAAUACGUCUCUCACAUGUGGAUCUGUUCUUCUACUCAAUAAUAGGACUGUUAGUCUAUCCUUAUAUAGGUCCAUGGUGUAUAGGUCACUUUUUGACUGGACACAUAGGAGUGUCCACUGCCUAUGGUAUUUAUACAAUAGGGUCCUGGGUUCCAGAGACAUUUGGCAUGGUUGUUACAGUAAUUGAUACAUUAUUAAUAUAUAUCCCGCUCAUACUCUUCUGUGCUAUUCACCUGUCACCACCACCCCCUCAUGUGUCCAACGGGACGGUCUCCAGCUCAAAUCGGAACGCCAAGAGGCAAAACAGCGCCCUCAAUCUUGUAUGGACACUGGUCAGUAUACCAGGCAUGAUCCUGGGUGCUUUAUUUCAGGCCUACAAUCUCUACAAUCUGUACAGCGCGUAUGGAUGGUUAACUCUCUUCAUCUCUCCCAAGUUCUUGUGGUCCUAUCUCUGGUCGUACUACCUUGCCUAUCGCGCAGUGACAGCGGGACCUGUAUGGGUUCGUCAACGGUCCUGUUAACGUGAUUUAAAUGCGGUGUUUUCAGUCGUCUGGUGCAUUCCGUCGAAUUAUGAAAUAAACCAAAUGAAAUGAGUGAUCAAGAGAGGUCUAUAUGUUUAUUGACCAAAAAAUGGUGUAUGAACAAUGGUGAUGACUCUUCAUGAAGUAUGAAUCAUUUGAGAAUAUAUAUAUUGGAUAUUUGAAGCAUUUGUUGAGAUUUUCUGUCCGCUGUGUAUCCAAGUAACUUAUUACUAUUUUAAAGUAAUAUAUACCAGUGUUGUUUUCCAACACGGCAUUAUGCACAUGAUAAUUCUGUACCAUUUGAUACUUACAGUAUAACGAGGUGAAUUAUUUUAUAGUGCACUGUUAUGAGCUAUGUUUUGAAUGAGAGUUAACAUUUUUUUUAUUGAUGUGCUUGUUGGUAGUUAGAUUUGAGUCAAUCUCCAGAUAUUCUGGAAUAUUGUAACGUAGUUUUUAUAUUGCACUGUGAUGAAAUGUUGUAAUAUUUCAUGUACUUAGUGUACUAAAAGCUCUGUAAAUUUACUUUUUUUUUUACAUUGAUGUAAGAUAUUAGAGAUCAAUUAAUGUAAACCGAAUAAGUGGCUUAUGCUGAUCUUGCAGUGUCUGUGUGUGUUUGUGUGUGUAAUUGACCUUUAACCUAAUUGUAUGUUGAAUUUUUAAUACAUAGUUCUGUCGCACAUCGCACAAUUGCUGUCAUUCAUAUACUUUGAAAAGCAGCAGAGGCUCUUAAACUGAGAUAUCAAAAUAGCAAAAUUUGCCUAACCAAUUUUGAUCAGCCAUAAAGCAAUCACAAACACGAAAGAAUAAGGAUAUAGCUAACCUUCUAAGACAACUUUUGAAAAGAGGAUAUGAAUAUCUAGCUUUGAAUGGGCUUAUGAUUAAACCAGCCAUUUUCCUGUCUGUAUUCUGUUGAUGAAAUUGCGUAUAAUCAGCUUGGAAAACCUUAAGAAAGAAACUGAUUUUUAUUUUAUCACAACACCAAUACCAUCAGUGAUCCUGAAAUCACCCAAUAUCAGUUAUUGAAAGCACAAUACCAAGCAAUGUUCAUCCUAACACAAGCCUUGUUUCAAGUUUGGUGUUAUAGCAGAUGCUUAUUUUGCCUUGACACCAACACCAGCAUUCAACACCACUUAAAAGUUUUUCGUUACAAUACACAGUCAGGCAAUACAAAGAAAUUUCAAUUGAGAUUCUUAUCCAUGUCACUGAGUACAGUGUAGGCUUAUAUCCACUUGGGUUGAAUAACUAAGUACAGUGUGUACACUACCAUUUUUAUUUCAUAAAACCAAUUUGGGAUGUUUUUUUGUGAAAUGAUCAAAUGGUUUCUGUUUGAUAGUAGUUAAUAGUCAAGCAGACCUUUGGUGUAAGUACAGGAAAUUUGGAAUUUUGUAUGAUUGAAAAGGUUAAUGUUGAAUUUCAAUUUAAGACCCUCCAUGUUGGAUAGAAAUGUGAUCAUGUUAUUUCCAGUUUCUGUAUUGGACAAAGUGGAUGUUGCAAGAAACUUUUUGGAAACCAUUGCAAACUCACAACUGAAAGAUCAGUUUUGACUGUACAAAUUGAAUCUAUGCUGUAAUCAGUCGCAAACCAAUACACAGUUUUGUGACUGAGUUAAGGACCUGAAAUUGACUUUUAAUCAAUUCCAAGUUUCUUUUAAACCCCCUUAAGUGGUGUUAGAGUGAUUACAGGUAUUAAACAAAAUUGACACAUCUGUUUAACCUGGAAAUAAGACAAAUGAUAAUACAUUAAAUUUUAAAUGACAUACUGGUUUUGAAAAAAGGGGAUGAUGUAGUGUAUGUGAUAUGAGACUACAUUGUAAAUGUGGAUUAUACAAAAUGAGAUUGAACCAAAUUACAUUCCUCCCAUAUUACCUAUACAUAUAAACAUAUUUUCCAUGAAUCGUAUCUGCAAUAUUUGAGUAUAAAAGAUGGAUGAUUCAUUACAGUAGCCUAUAGAAUCAUGACUUCUGACCUUGCCAAUUGUUUGCCCAUUGUUGAUCUGUAUUUGUGAUAAUUUUACAGAUCCGUUACCAGUAUUUUGUCAUGAUUUUCUUGAAAAAGAAAAUCAGUUCCAAUAUACAGGGUGCUUUUAAGCUCUUAAAUAUGUUAAACAUCUUCCUUUUAUUUUUAUUUUGCAGUGUCUGCCAAGUUAGGUUUUGCUGAAUUUCAUUUAAUGGGAACAAUGAUUUAUACAUGUAGCAUUUUCAUUGUGUGUGUCAUAUAUAUAGUUAUGUUGUAAUGUGUUUCCAUUUGAAUGAUUUGAAUGUAGAAGGAAACAAAUGUAUUUCCUAAAUUGCUGAUCAUUACCACCACCACCCCAACCACCAUCACCACCACAACUAUCAUCACCACCACAACUAUCACCACCACCACCUCCACCACCAUCAU